ACCAAACCUCUCUUUCCAGUACCACGGACUCGAUCUGUCCUGGGCCUGCCAAGGGCCCUCCACCCAAUGGAACGUGAUCGCAACAGUUUGCUGAAGAACCGUGAAGGCGGCAUCCUUCCAAUAUACUCUGACCACCUCAGCUGACUCCAGAAUCGAACAACUGUAUUUCGAAGUCUCUGUGGAACUCUGAACCGCUCACCCAGUCAGGGAGAAUGAGCCUGUCUACGGAGAAGUCUCACCUUGGAGACGUACUAUAUCAAAAGACAAAAUAGAUGGUUAUGAGUAGCGCAACAUGCAGCAUCUGGGUUAGCAGACGCGGUCCUUCGUGGUAGUACUGCCUCCGGGCCGCUGGGUGGCAGCUGGGAAAAGUCAACGACAGACUGCGGCGUACUAGGCAGACGGCGCGUCACUGGUCGGCGACGGCUUUGUUCCGCACACGGCGGCAGUCACCCAUCAUAUCUUCUCUGAAGAGCUGUUUCAGCCUGAUUGUUAAACAAGUGGAUAACGGUUUCUGUGUUCAGUGUUUUGGACGGUGGGCAGGUAUGGCAAAAUCGAGGAACCUAAAAGCCUUUCUGGAAUCUUCUUUGAAUGAAAUUUUCAGAGCGACAGUGAGUGACAUAUUGGAGUCUGUUGAAGAGACCUUGUCUGAAUAUCAGUGCAAAAUAGAGCGAAUAGAGACUGAGAACGAGGAUCUGAGGCGAAGGCUUCAGAAACAGGAUAUCGAUCAUGUCCCGGCGAAACUGGAACCAGAUGUUAAGGAUAAUGUUCAUCUUUCCAACUCCAAGCUCCCCAAACAUUCUGCCCCGAAGACAUCUCUAGAAUCCACAGCUAGUGGUGGCAAACGGUGUCCUGCUGAUCAGCACGAAUACUUACAGGGAAAGCCCAUUGUCUCAGUCCUUAGCUUGGAAGCAGGGGUUAAGGAAAUAUCCAGUGUUUCCGUUUCAACAGUAACUCUUGGUUACGUAAAAAGUGACCCAGAUUUGGAGGAUGUCUGUGCUAUGGACCUCACCAAAACAUCAUCUCCGCUCAAUUUGGUGUCCAAGCGAAUCAAAAUGGAGAGCCACAACCUUGACUACCUGAAACCAGAAUAUUCCUCCGACCCGCAAUCCCCUCGAUGUCCAGAAACUGGCUCCCAGGAAAGCGACUCUGAUGUGAGGGUCACCAUUGUGUCUGACAGCCACAUGAGCGUUGGGUCAAGUGAGGAAGAAAGGGGUCAUAAUGGGGAGUCCGAACCAGAGGAAGAGGCGUAUGGAAAACCCAAUGAGUUGUACUGUGGUGAGAGGAGAAUAGAUCCAGAGUUUUCUGCCAACGGUCAUGUUUUUCAGGAAUACACGAGCAUGGGGGUGGCUGCUGGGGGGUCAGAGGAAGGGGGGGUGCAAAGCAGGCAGCUAGACAUGUGUGAUUCACUUCAGACGUCUGCAUCUAUCCUGAGCCUGGAUGCCUCUGAGCUGAGCGAAAACCUACAGGGCUUCUAUCACUGCACCCUCUGCAAGAAGACCUUCAGCAAGAUUGGUUCACUGAACUCGCAUCUGCGGAGCCACGUCGAUGAGAAGGUUCACUGCUGCAACUACUGUGGCAAGCGUUUCGGCCGGGCCGACCUACUCAGGUCCCACAAACGCACCCACACGGGUGAGAGGCCAUUCAGCUGCAACCUGUGCACCAAGAGCUACGGACACCCUGGGCAGCUUCGGAUACACAAGCGAGUUCACACUGGUGAGAGGCCAUAUUGUUGCCCGCACUGUGGGAAAAGGUUUAGUGAACACAACCAGCUCAAAGUGCACCUCCGAACUCAUACGGGUGAGAGACCUUACAAUUGUAGUGUUUGUGGGAAAACCUUCAGUAAUGCUGGAAACUUGAGAAUCCACCAGAGGAUCCACACUGGGGAAAAACCGUAUUGUUGCACCCAGUGUGGGAAGAGGUUUAACGGAAUGGGGGACCUUAAAACUCAUUACAGAGUUCACACAGGAGAAAGGCCAUACCACUGUGAUCUGUGUAAAAAGACUUUCAGUCAGGCAGGACACCUUACAAUACACAAAAGAAUGCAUACUGGUGAGAGACCGUACAGCUGCACCGAGUGUGGGAGGAAGUUCAGUGUGGCAAGCAGCCUUAAGCUACACCUGCGAACUCACACUGGAGAGAAGCUCUACAGCUGUUCCUACUGUGGCAAGAGCUUCAGCAGAUCCGGACACCUUAAGAGGCACGAGCAGGUUCACACAAAAGAGAAACUGUAUUCCUGCACUUACUGUGUGAAGAGCUACAGCGAUCACUCCACCCUGAAGAAGCAUAUGAGAAUCCACAUGGGCGACGAGGCCUUUGCUCUCAAUGAAGAGAAUAUCAGUGGCCCUGGGGCUCAGAAUCCGCAACCAAACCAGACAGAAUAAAUCCCCGUAGUGUGUGUGCCUUGUGUGAUGUAUUGUACCUUACAUCCCUGUCCUGCUGCAUACAUCAUCAUUUGUAAAUGUAUAGAAAUGUACAUGGCUAGUGGGUGUAGUGCAUCCAAUUAGAGGUGGUACAGGUAGGCGUGUCACAGAUGUGCUUAGAUCCACACUGCAGCUUAGAUACUUUAUAUGUGCUGUAGGUAGGUUAUGGCCUUUAUCUGAUCCACACAGUGCUGUAGAGUUGUGAGAUUAAGUGUUUGAUGUAUGAUUAGAUGUAAUUGAUUGAAGGUGGAAACCUCCAAUCAGAUUGCUGUGUUUGAUGGUAGCCAUCCAAUGGUCUUAGUGGGUCAUUAAGGUUGCCGAAUGUUGAAAUGUCUGCAUAUUUGCCUGUGGUUAAGACACUGUGAAAGGUGCAGAUGUGGGGUGAAUUACAGCCCAAACUAACCCCAGCAUCCAUGUAUCUGUUAGAUGGAGAGUCUGACUGAAAAGCAGAAGGACGAGUAAAUAUUCUUUCCUCUCCAAAGGCUGCAGAAAAGAAUUUAUGAUACAGGAAAGCCUGAAAUAUGUUUGUGCUGUCAAAUAAAAAUAAUCAAACUAAUUAAGUAGGAAAGCUGCUGUUUUAUGACUGUCAGAAGUUCCCAUUAAGAAAAAAAGUAUUUUGUCAUCAGUCUUGUAUCUGAUAUCUGCACUCAGUAGUGUAAUUUCAUGUUUCCUAGAAUAUCUCACUAUGAAUGUUAACCAAUAAAAUUUAUUUUUUACAUUAA